AGCGAGGGCAAAACUUGGUAGGCCUACGUGAUGCAUAAACCAUGGACGGUCACGCAGUAAAUGAGUAAACUUUCGGGUCAGCUCUUAUCUUUGGAGCCUUUUUUCGUGGACCGUCAGUGCGGGUCUGUACUUCGAUCCCGGAGCAGACAGAAGGCUAUAGCCCACCCACGCUGGAUUCUGUGCUAUAGUUCCACACCUUUUAGACUCAACUUCUGAAAUAUGGAGGCGAAAAGGUGGCUUCUUUUGCUUCUGUUCGUCGGAUUGGCGUCGGCAGAUCACAGCUCAGAGGAGCAAGAUUGCCACGAGGAAUGUACGAAUGGAUGUUUCGGGCCGGGCCCAGAAGAAUGUUGCCAUGAACAGUGCCACGAAGGAUGUACCGACUCGACCGACGUGGGAUGCAAGGAAUGUAGGACCGUGAGAGUGGACGGUACAUGCCAGGAUAGCUGCGGGCCCGCGUUCAUCUACAAUGAGGUCACUUUGGAGCUGGAACCAAACCCAGAGUUUAAGUUCCAGCAUGGACAGGACUGCGUGGAAAAGUGUCCCAAGUUUGCCUUUACGGAGGGUUUCAGGUGCGUCGAUCGAUGCAGUCCGGGGUAUAGACCUGAGGGUGACCAGUGCCUCCGGUGCGGUUGGGCAUGCCCUAAACAAGGUGAGGUCAACCCGCUUGUGAGCGACCAAUGUGAUGGAGUCAAGCAGUACGAGUGGGGCGUGAUCAAUAGAAAGAACAGCCCGACAGGCAACGUGACUUGUACUCAGGUGCUGAUUGGUCCGCCGGGUAGUACGCUGAAGCUGAAGCUGACGGACGUGGAUAUUCACAACGCCAUUGAUGAGAAACUGGUCCUCGUCGCCGAUGAAUACCGCCAAAGCUUUGACCGCGAAACCUAUGCUACAACCCUGGACCUACAGACCAGCGCACUCAUCGUCCAACACCGCACAGUGGCCACGGGCAACGGGUACAUCCUUGCGUACAACUUCAUGCCUCCUGAGGGCGAGGUUACCGACCAUGGCUGUGACCAAGUCUUGACCACCAACAGUGGUAGCUUCAAAAGCCCAGGCUAUCCCAACAAGUACCGCGCACGGGAGCACUGCACCUACCACAUCAUCGUGGACCCAGGCAUGAGGGUGGAAGUGGUCUUCGAGCGGCUGUAUCUGCAAGGUGAUGAGCCGGCCUGCCUGGCGGAUAAAAUGGAGGUGAUUGAGCCGAUUCUGAAUACACAUGUGACUCACUGCGGCCGCAAAAAGCCUCCAUUCACCAUCAUCUCCAAAACCAACUGCCUUGUGCUCAAAUUCACUAGCGACGACAGCAGAAACUUCAAAGGAUACACAGCCACAUUCAAGGCGGUUGAGGUGCCGGAGGGUGAAAAAGAAGACUUUUCAGUCGACACUGAGGAGGACCUACCCCCUGCCUUUUAGGAAGAGCCGGGGUAUUAGCAGAAGUGUAUACCUUUAAUAGGAUUUGGUGCUCAUAGUAAAUUCACAAGUUUGCUCUAGGCUUUUCAGUGUACAAGAAAUUUACUUUUCGAAUUAAAGCUCACCUCAAACCGUCGUCACAUGCUACUCUUCUGUCAGGCUUGCGUAUAUAGUCUCAGUGUCUGUCCUGCAGAAAUCAGUCUUGUGGGUGUAGAAAACUCUACUGAGUAGAUCUUGAACAUAUCUGAAACCAAAAGUGACGAGUUUCAAUUUUCCAAAAUCUGGAAAGCAUAGGAGCACAAUUAUUUUCGCUGUGCGGAAGCAUGUGCAAAAUGUGGUCCAAGGUCAUUUGCAAGAUACUUUUUUAAUCAGUCCCUGGUUAGCAUUUGUCGAGAUUAUUUGUAUUUUUGUAUGACACAGGCUUACACAAUGAGCUGGUAUAACAGACCAUUUUAGACGCCCCUGCAAUUAAUGUCGUAGAGAUGGUUGAACGUUAUUCACAUACUUUUUAUGCCAUCGUGAACAGAAAGCAUUCAGCCUCAUUAUAAUAGGAUAUUAUUGGUUGAAGCAGAACACAGACCGGGAACACUAUGGCCGGGAGUGAGUGCCCCAAUACCAGAACAAUGUGCUCUCCCUUGAAUCUAUUUGUCUGCUGCCACCUAUUGACAAACAAGAGUGAUAUUGCUUUAAAACUCUUUCAAGAAACGUUAUUACACAACAACAAUGUGAUAGUGAUAUUAAACUUUAGCGAACAGUA